CAUGUGGUACUGAUGUGUUGGAUAUCCCUUCACUGGUAGCCUGGUAACAUACACUCCCAGGUCUUUCUCUGCCUCUGUGGUGGAUAGUGGAGUGUUUCCCAUGUGGUACUGGUGUGCUGGAUAUCCCUUCACUGGUAGCCUGGUAACAUACACUCCCAGGUCUUUCUCUGCCUCUGUGGUGGAUAGUGGAGUGUUUCCCAUGUGGUACUGGUGUGCUGGAUAUCCCUUCACUGGUAGCCUGGUAACAUACACUCCCAGGUCUUUCUCUGCCUCUGUGGUGGAUAGUGGAGUGUUUCCCAUGUGGUACUGGUGUGCUGGAUAUCCCUUCACUGGUAGCCUGGCAACAUACACUCCCAGGUCUUUCUCUGCCUCUGUGGUGGAUAGUGGAGUGUUUCCCAUGUGGUACUGGUGUGCUGGAUAUCCCUUCACUGGUAGCCUGGUAACAUACACUCCCAGGUCUUUCUCUGCCUCUGUGGUGGAUAGUGGAGUGUUUCCCAUGUGGUACUGGUGUGCUGAAUAUCCCUUCACUGGUAGCCUGGUAACAUACACUCCCAGGUCUUUCUCUGCCUCUGUGGUGGAUAGUGGAGUGUUUCCCAUGUGGUAUUGGUCUGCUGGAUAUCCCUUCACUGGUAGCCUGGUAACAUACACUCCCAGGUCUUUCUCUGCCUCUGUGGUGGAUAGUGGAGUGUUUCCCAUGUGGUAUUGGUGUGCUGGAUAUCCCUUCACUGGUAGCCUGGUAACAUACACUCCCAGGUCUUUCCCUGCCUCUGUGGUGGAUAGUGGAGUGUUUCCCAUGUGGUAUUGGUGUGCUGGAUAUCCCUUCACUGGUAGCCUGGUAACAUACACUCCCAGGUCUUUCUCUGCCUCUGUGGUGGAUAGUGGAGUGUUUCCCAUGUGGUACUGGUGUGCUGGAUAUCCCUUCACUGGUAACCUGGUAACAUACACUCCCAGGUCUUUCUCUGCCUCUGUGGUGGAUAGUGGAGUGUUUCCCAUGUGGUAUUGGUAUGCUGGAUAUCCCUUCACUGGUAGCCUGGUAACAUACACUCCCAGGUCUUUCUCUGCCUCUGUGGUGGAUAGUGGAGUGUUUCCCAUGUGGUAUUGGUGUGCUGGAUAUCCCCUCCCAAGGUGCAGGACUUUACAUUUUUCUUCACUGAAUUGUAGCAGCCACUUUUUGUUCCAUUCCUGUAUCUUGGUGAGGUCUUCUGGUAGGAAAUCCGCGGUUAAGGGGUUAAUAUCAACGGACGUAUUUGUGAUCAUUAAUGCAUCAUCUAUUUUGGGGGGUUUAUAUCAUGGCAAAAAUUUGGCCCGUCGCUGGUACACGGUAAAGCCACAGGUUUGGCCCGUCGCUGCUGCCGGGUUCAUGACCAACAGAAAGAGAGUGGGAGAUGGAACAGCCUUGCGGGACACCACUGUUGAUAGGUUUAGGGGAAGAACAGUGACCUUCCCUUCAUUUUUCCUCCCUUCUCUCCCGACCUUCCUCCCUCUACCCCCAUUUUCCCUCCCUCGAUCCUUUCCUCCAUUCUCUAUCCCUUCCUUCUUUUCCCUCCAUCUCUCCUCCCUUCCCCUCCCUCUCCUUCCUUUCUUUUCCUCCAUCCUUCCUCCCUUCCCUUCCCUUCUUUCUCUCCCCCCUUUUCCCCUCCCCUUUCCUCCCUCCUCUACCACAGGGCCUCACACUGCACUGCAUACUCAAGGCGGGGUCUCACCAAUGACUCACACAGGAUAACAUUACUCCCGGCUUUACACUCGUCCCUGGAGGUGGUGAGCCUGAGCACAGUGUCAACGUUAUUACAGGCACUUACAGGUCUGUGUGUGUUUCAGGUCACUGCUGAUGGCGAACCCGGGACCCGAUUCCUUCUAAAUAUAGGAGGGAAGACAGAUGAAGGGAAGAGGGAGGGAAGUGGAGGAGAGUAGAGAGGAAUUAAGAGGAAUGAAAAAAAGGAAGAGGAAGAAGAAAGGAUAGAUAUAGAGGGAGGGAAGUGGAGGAGAGUAGAGAGGAAUUAAGAGGAAUGAAAAAAAGGAAGAGGAAGAAGAAAGGAUAGAUAUAGAGGGAGGGAAGUGGAGGAGAGUAGAGAGGAAUUAAGAGGAAUGAAAAAAAGGAAGAGGAAGAAGAAAGGAUAGAUAUAGAGGGAGGGAAGUGGAGGAGAGUAGAGAGGAAUUAAGAGGAAUGAAAAAAAGGAAGAGGAAGAAGAAAGGAUAGAUAUAGAAGGAGGGAAGUGGAGGAGAGUAGAGAGGAAUUAAGAGGAAUGAAAAAAAGGAAGAGGAAGAAGAAAGGAUAGAUAUAGAGGGAGUGAAGUGGAGGAGAGUAGAGAGGAAUUAAGAGGAAUGAAAAAAAGGAAGAGGAAGAAGAAAGGAUAGAUAUAGAGGGAGGGAAGUGGAGGAGAGUAGAGAGGAAUUAAGAGGAAUGAAAAAAAGGAAGAGGAAGAAGAAAGGAUAGAUAUAGAAGGAGGGAAGUGGAGGAGAGUAGAGAGGAAUUAAGAGGAAUGAAAAAAAGGAAGAGGAAGAAGAAAGGAUAGAUAUAGAGGGAGGGAAGUGGAGGAAAAUAGAGAGGAAUUAAGAGGAAUGAAAAAAAGGAAGAGGAAGAAGAAAGGAUAGAUAUAGAAGGAGGGAAGUGGAGGAGAGUAGAGAGGAAUUAAGAGGAAUGAAAAAAAGGAAGAAGAAAGGAUCCAUAGAACACAGGGAGGAAAGAUAAAUAUAGGAAUAAGGGAAGGCAGAAAAAGGGAAGAGGGAGAAAAAGAAUUAAAAAAAGUAGAAAAAGGAGAACAAGAACAAGAAGAUGAAAAGAAGGUGGAAGAGACACCAGAAAACAAGAAGACCAACAAUAACAACAAAAAAGGAAGAAAAUAAAAGACAUGGAAAAAAAAGAGCGAGAAAAAAGAAAAAAUAUAAAUGAACAAAAAACCAAAGAAAACACACACACACACACACACACACACACAC